ACUGUCCCCCCCAGGAUCCGGCCUACGCCUCCUUUCUCUUCGAUAAGCUCCAGCGCCUGCAGUGUCCUCGCCGUGGCCGCUAUGCAACUCCUGCAUCCCGCUGUGAAGUCUGCGGCACCAACGUCCAGCACCUGAGACGCCUCGCCCUGAGUCAAGCCCUUGGCACCAGCAGAGGGAUGACACCCCGCCCAGCCACCCCCAACAUGGCCACCUCGGUGCGCCCCCCACCAGCCAUGGCGACAGCCUAUGAGGGGGACGAGCACGCAGCCAAACAGCAAGGCUGGACGCAAGACGGUCAGCAGCUGCCAAGCGGAGCUCUGUUGGGAUGGGGCGGAGUUCAGAGCACUUACCUGGGAGGGGGUGGAGCAAAGGGGCUCGCCACAGUCACACCUAUAAAUGCACACAACUACCUCGAGGGGGUGUGGAGAGUGACAUGCUGCAAACACGAGCAAACUACGGGUUCAUCCUCAGCAGCCUGUCACAUGAUCUCAAAGACAACGAUCCCUGUUAAACCAGAGGCUCACAGCAUUGCCACCCAGACGAGCCAGCCUCUAUCGGGUGCUGCCGCUUUCUUCAUCAGGGCGGCUCAGAAGUUCAGCUUGCCCCGCAGAAGAAAGUCCCAGCUCGAGCCCUCCUCCCAGUCCGCCAAGGGUCCCAGCCCACCACUGCUGUACACGGGGGGCUUCAGCGGGGCUCUGCAGUUGUCGCCUCCCGCCGUCCCACCAUGCCUCCUCCGAGCCGGAUCGAAGGUGAAGGACACGCCUGCCAUGGGGAAGGUCAGAGUGGCGGUUCGGAUCUGCUCAGUCCCCAGCCCCGGGUCUCCAGAGUCCAUGUCCUUCCUGAAGGUGGACAGCAGAAAGAAGCAGCUCACUCUGUAUGAGACAGCAGGAGAUGGUCCAUCAUCCUCCACUCAGAGGAGGUCCUCUGCUCCUGCGCCCAAGACCUUCAACUUCGAUGCCGUCUUCUCACAAGACGCAUCACAAGCUGAAGUGUGCUCGGCCACGGUGGCGGAGGUCAUCCAGUCUGUGGUGAACGGAGCAGAUGGCUGCAUAUUCGGCUACGGACACGCCGACCUAGGUAAGACGUACACCAUGAUCGGUCGGGACUGCUCCACACAGAGUCUGGGCGUGGCCCCCACAGCGAUCUCCUGGCUCUUUAAGGUGAUCGAAGAGCGCAAAGAGAAGUCUGGAACUCGAUUCUCUGUCAAAGUGUCAGCGGUGGAGAUCUCUGGAAGGGAGGAGACGCUGACAGACCUCCUGGCUGAGCUUGCGACAUCAGCUGGAGGUCAACGGGAGGCACGAGGCCCUACUGUGGUGCUGCGGGAAGACCCUGUUUGUGGGUCCCAGCUUCUGAACCAAACAGAGCUUUGGGUGACCAACGCUGAGCGGGCUGCCUUCUUCUUGGACGCCGCCCUGGCAGAAAGAAGGAAUAAUCGUGUGCCGAGUGACGAGGAGGCCCGGAGAAACUCGCACUUCCUGUUUACUUUACACCUGUGCCAGGAGAAGCUGGACAAGAGCCUCAAGGCAGCAGUGUCGGGCCGAAGCCGCCUCCACCUGCUGGACCUAGGGAGCUGCGAGACCGACAUCAGCAGGACCAGGGAGGGCGGUGGAGGUCAGUGCCUGUCCCUCUCUGCGCUCGGGAACGUCGUCCUCGCCCUCGCCAACGGGGCUAAGCACGUUCCCUACAGGGACAGCAAGCUCACCAUGCUGCUCAGUGAAUCCCUUGGCAACAUCAACUGUCAAACCACGAUGAUUGCUCACGUUUCCGACUCCCCGACGAACUACAUGGAGACUCUGACCACCGUGCAGCUGGCCUCCCGCAUCUACCGCACCAGGAAGAAGAAGACCAAAUAUGCUUCCAGUUCCUCUGGAGGAGAGAGUUCUUGUGAGGAAGGCUCUUCUCGUCGACCCCCACAUCUUCGACCCUUCCAAACACGUGGUGUGACUUUGAAUUCUGGCAAGCCUCCACUGUUCUCCAGUGAACCUGACUACACCUCUAGCAGUGAACAGUCCUGUGACACCGUCAUCUAUGUCGGACCAGAAGGGACUCCCUUAUCAGAUAGAGAGCUGAGUGAUAAUGAGGGCCCACCCUCUUUCGUUCCCAUUAUUCCUUCCUUGAACAAAAAGCGAGUCAAGGAUCCACCCAAAUCAGAUGGAGACCAUUUAAAGUGCAACACCUUUGCAGAGCUGCAGGAGAGACUUGACUGCAUUGAUGGUAGUGAGGGUCCUGCCACAGUUAGCACAGAGACCAGAGCAGCACAAGCUGAGAAGACUGAAGCUACCAACUCCACAGUGGAGACAUCUAAAUUGAAUAGGACUCCCUCUCAGAGUUACUUAGAAAUAAAACUGAUAGCAAGUGAUCCUGCACAGAGAGAAUCUAAACUCCCCUUGGCUGGAUGCCUUGUAGAUUCUUCCAAAAGGACAAGUGCAGAUGGGGAGAAAAUCUCCCCCAUCUUUGCUCAGACAUGUCUGACAGGGCCAAUUGAAGCUUCUUCUUAUGAUCCAGAACCUGUUGUGCGACAAAAGGUUUUUUCCAGUCCAGGCUUACCAAAGCCAUCCAAUUCAACAUCCCCUCCAAGGACAAACAAGGCAGCUGUAGAAUUCCAAGAAGGCUUGCAUAGAACUCCCCCAGUAGGCAUGAGCUUCCAGGCAUCAUGGCAAGGCCAUUCUCUAGGUCCGUCUGAUGCAGAUAGGGUUCAUCAGACCACCAGAUACCCUUUGGAAGUCAGUAACAUUAGAGCAGCACUGUUGGGAAGAUGCCUGGAUAUGGACUUGAUGAAGACUACAGUCACCCUGCAGCAGCCUGUGGAACUGAAUGGGGAGGAUGAACUUGUGUUUACUAUUAUAGAGGAGCUGCCUCACAGUCUUGUCCCAGACAAUGGCCGACCUUCCAACCUUCAUACUUUUAGUGCUGAUUGCUCUUUGCAGGCCUUAGCUCCAGCCUUCAGCCCCGUUAGCAUAAUUACUAGCAUCAAUGAUGAGUAUGAUGCUUAUAUGACUCAGCACAGGGAAAAAGAAGCUGACCUCCAGUCAUCUUCAGGGUCCUGUCCAACAGAAACUGCUGACAAUUUUUCAACAAACCGAAACCAGGGCAUUGCUGCAUCAAAUAUGUUCUCUGGACUUCAGCCACAUGGCCUGAAAAGCUCUUUCAAUGACAGUGGCAUCUGUUUUUCAGAGCUGGAUAGUUAUCCCACCACCCCUAGCAAACCACCUUCUACCAAGGGGCCUCCUUCCCCUGGUUCAUCUUUCACUAAAAUCUCCCCUAAACUAAGAGCACACACUCUAAAUGUUGCAGAGAUAACACAGACUUCCCAUCACACCGCCCGUUCAAGCCUUCCUAGGAAAACCAAGUCUACCUCAUCUUCCACUGUGGGUUGCAGCAGACAAGAUGAUAAACAGGAUGAAUUUCUAUUUCAAGAAACCGGUUACAUUGAUCAUGGAGAGAUGGAGUUCUUUUCAGCAACUAAAUUAUCAAGGAAUGGUACUACUCUUGCUUCCUCCAAAAAAACGGUUGGAAAGUUCAACAGCACACCUCGAUCUCCAAAGGCGCAAAUACCAUCUUCAGCUCAAAGAGUUGUGGAUGGCUGUGAGAGGUUCAGCAGCAGAAGAGGAGAUACUUUGAUUAAGGUACCCCAACUUACCAGAGGGGCAACCACCCUGGGAACUGUCUCAAUCCCACAAACUGCUGAUUCAAGGUGGGUAAAUGAAGCUGCAUCUGCAAUCAAGACAGUUAAGUUUUCAUCACUAGGCAAAAAGCCAAAUGGACAAAGAAGUAGUGCAAUGUCCAGGUCUGGAUCUGAAAACAUCUGUCCCGCUUCACCUGUCAGACAGUCCGCCCAAGAUCAGAAGACAAGGUCUCCAAGUGCCUUAAAAACAAGCAUUGAGAGUGGAAGAUUUGCAUUCCCUAAAACCUCAGAAGAAGAGCUCACCGUAAGGUUCCGUUCUGAUUCAUUCAACCACAGGACUUCUGGUUCCAAAACUGAUCAUGGUUCCCCAAAGAAACUAUUGAGUGUAAAGACCAGGGAAAAUAAAUCAGAUUCUGCAAGAUCCUACCAAAGUCAGGGAUCUCUGGAGAAAGGUGAGAGUCUGGCCUUUGCUGGUUCAAAACCAGAGGUGCUAAGAGAAAGUAGCAAUGUAGGAGUAAGCAGUAGACUUAGAUCAGUGCCAAAACUUGGGCUUCCGGGCUCAACCUUAACUUCUUCAUCCCAGGUUUCAUUUGCUGUCUCCGAAGUUACUUCCAAACUAGGGCAGGUUCGAGGCAGUUCCCGAGCUGCUGUUUCUGGUGGAUCAAAGACUCAAACACUGUGCACCAGCAGCUCCAAGAGCUUAAGUACUCCACAAAAGCUUCCUGAAACAUUUGCUGAACGAAGCGCCAACCUUCCCCCAACUGGCAAAUCGACCAUUUGCUCGGGAACUGGAACUAGGACAGGAAGAGGCACUGUAAUGGGAAUGAAACAAGCCAUUAGCCGGGCAGCUAAUAGCCGUGUUAGUGAAUUGGUUGUUGGGUCACCAAGGAAGCAGCUAAGCAAAAAACCUGAAGUGACGGGAAGUGACAGCACUGGGACUGCGACAAGUAGCAUCAUCAAGUUGCCACAAACCACUAUGCUGCCAUCACCUUACAGCAAACUUACAUCACCUCGUCGGCCCCAGCGCUACAGCAGUGGGCACGGUAGUGACAACAGCAGUAUCCUUAGUGGUGAGCUGCCCCCCGCCAUGGGCCGUACUGCACUCUUCUACCACAGUGGAGGAAGCAGUGGUUACGAAAGCAUGAUCCGCGACAGUGAGACUACCGGCAGCACCUCAUCAGCACACGACUCCAUGAGCGAGAGUGGGACGUCCAACAGAGGCCGUGUUUCUAAAUCGCCAAAAAAAAGAGGAAAUGGGGGGUUCCAGCGGCGGCGGCUGAUUCCAGCUCCCCUGCCAGACGCCUCCUCUCUGGGCAGGAAGAUGGGGGGUAAGUGGGUAGACUUGCCCUCGCUGGGCAGCGCCCUGAAGACGCCGUUUGAAAUAAAAGUGUAUGAGAUUGAUGACAUGGAGCAACUGCAAAAGAGGAAGGAGGACACAGCAGGGUCAGAGCCACUCUACGACGUGGAAAAGGGUUUGCUCUACUUCAACGCCCAGCUGAGGAUGCUGGAGAGGCGGCAGCAGCAAAUCAGGGAACUGAAGAGCAAGCACGAGCAGCUGAAAGUGGAGCUGGUGGAGGCCAAGAGGCGGCUGAUGCUCCACCCAAGCAGGUGGAGUGGAGAGUUUGAUGUAGACCAGGAUCUGGACCAGGAGUCCCAGGAAUAUCUGGAAGCUCUGGCUCAGGUCACAGCAGAGUUGGAAUACUGCGUCAACCUCUGCAAGUCCCGUGUCAUGAUGGAGACCUGCUUCGACGUUGCCGCCAGUACAACCAGUGCCGCCGCGCCUGCAGGCCAGAAGAGGAUGGAGGUGUGACGUCCAAUGGGAUUCGUGCAUUUUUCUUUAUGCAUUUCUGAAAAUUCAAGAUGGACAUCUCUGUUUCUGGAUUUCUGUUGUUUGAAGGGUUGAUAUAGAAACAGACUGCCGGUCCUGGAUCACAUUAUUUAAGAUUUACAAAAAGUGCCUUUAUAUUCCAUAUCUAUUUCUUUAUUUAAGUGGUUUUUACCUUAUUUAUCAUUUUUUGUACAUUUUAAUUACAUUUUCAUGGUGCUGAUAUUAAUAUAUUUCUUAUGCAACAGGAUGUAAAAAAACAAAAGGGAGUUUAUAAAAUAAACAAAAAGUUUAGAUGUUUGUAAGACGAGCAGAUAUGAAGACUUAUGUCAUGUGACACAGUUUAGCCACUUCAAACCCCCUGGAUUGGAAAAAUAUUCCAUUCCGAGUAUAAUUAAUAUCAAACGCAGGUUAUUAAGGGGGUGAGGAGUCAUUCUUAGCUCACAAGAGUUUUCUAAAGUCCAUCUCAAAGCUGAUUUAUGACAUUUGGAGCAUGAUUGACCCACUUUAGUAAAUUAAACAUUUACUUCAAGCCUGUUCAGUGGUUAUUAUCUGUUCAGGUGGAGGUGAACUAACAUUGUGCUUCUCAAAGACGAAGAUAGACCUUCCAAGGCUCCUUGUAAAAGGAUCCAAUCAGAUUAAUAUCUUUGCAGCAGCUGCACUACAGAUAUAAAGACAGUCAUUGGUAGAAAAAAACAAGCUGGAAACUGGAAAUUAAUGAUAAAAAUUAGCUGGAAACUUAAUUAUUUUCUCUCAAUAUACACCAAUCUUUAUCUGAAGCUUUAAGAGUGCGCAUUUUACAUGCCUGUACAGCUUGCAGUUUGUACUAUGCUUGCAGGACAUACAGCUCCUUUAACCUACAAUAGUGCAAACUGUAAGAACACUGUGAUCAAAGCAGCUGACACCAAUAAUUAUGUCCCAUCAAUAUUUUGUUGGUAAAAUGCAAGUUUUCUAUUGAGAAGUUGGACUUUCAUAUGCAAAAAUCUAUUUUAUUUAAGGCGAGGUUGUAACACAGAUUUGGCUGCAAUGCAUGGAAAAAGUUGAAGCUCGUUUACUAAACUGUUAGGUUUAUAGAGGAGUGAAUCAAAUGACGUGGAAACAUCCCGUAGUUGCAGCAGCUGCUCUUAUGGAAGCACAAUUUACUUUAAAUGCCUUCAUCUCUUCGCACCUCAUUUGGUGAUGAGACAACCAACCUUUUCUGGAUUUAAACUUUUUGAAGCUUUUUUAUUCUUAUUAUUUUUUAUGACUCAAAAAGCAUGGUGCUUAUUGAUUCUUGAUUAGUUUACUUCUCCUGGAGAGUUUGCAUUCACACUGUCAUCCACCUGGAUUCACUUGUAAAAGAGCUAAAACUCAGACCAGGAACAGGGUGUUUUGAUCUCUCUCACUUUUUAAAUUAAAUUAAAAAAAGGGUUUGCAAGAGCCAAGUAUGCCCUAAAUUAGAAUUUAAAACUUUAUUGUCCCUUACCCCUAAUUAGUAUCACACAUCAGGUAAUGUUAAAUGUUUACUCCUUUUUUAGGUCAGCUUUAAAAAUACUAAGAAUACUUAGUCAUUCUAAUUAUAGUUAUCACAUAAUUUAUUAAUAAUAUAUUUAUUAAUUUAACUUAUAUAAUUAGUAUACUGAAAUAUAUGUGACAAUAGAAAGGUGAUAUUUAUAACAGGCCAAAGUCACUUUUUGGAGGUUCAGAUGCUGCGUUCACACCAACUUGGAAACGUGCGUUCAGGCGACCAAUUUUAAGGACCAGUCUAUGUAAACGUGCAUAUAUAAAUAUUUCAGGCUUCCACGUUCAAAACUCCCACAUUUACACAUCGCUGCGCAAGUUUUUAAGACCAUUUUCAAGCUCUACAAACAAAACGCGCAACCACUGAACGCUCAAUGAAAGUUAAACCAGUUGAGCUUUGACCAAUCAGGGACUUGCAUUUGGUAGUUACGUAUUUCAAUUCAGAUGUGCCAACUGUCUGAAAAUUGAUCGUAGAGGAGAAAAAAAUAAUUGCAGUUUGUCCCUGACUGGAAAUAUUUGACUCCAAGUCUUUAAUAUCUCACGGAAGAAGUGUUGAAGAAAAAGCCUGGUGUGAGAUUUGCACCACUUUGACACAGAAGAAAAUCUAUUCAGGAAUGCACGUUUAGCCCGUUCUUGAACGCACUUCACAUGCCUGGUGUGAACGCACCAUUAAGGUUGACAUGUAACGUCUCUGCCUUUCCAAAAUGUAGCAUUGUCAAAAUGUAUGGCUUGAAAUUAUACAAAGUUUUUGUUUUUGAACGGAAUUAUUUCUGUGACCAUUUCAUCUGCAUUUGAGCCAUUUGCACGAAAAAUGUUUUUUGUUGUUUCACUAUGAGUCUCAGUUCCAAAAUGCUUUUCCAAACUUGUAUUUUUAAUCUGAAAUUGUCCUACAGAUUUAUGACAUUUAUUACAAAAUACUUUUUUUUUCUUUUUUGUAAUGUACAGUUUUAUAUUGAUUUGUAUAUAUGUUCUGAAUGCGUUAAGAGACAGAGAAAAAAAAUGGGUCACUUCCUCCCAUGUAGGUUAAUAAAGGUAAGAUUAUGUGUGGACGAAA